AUGGACCUUCCGCCACCGCAGCCUGCGUGCAUCGCUCUACUGCCCGUGCUGCUCUCGCCUACCCCACGAGCGAUUCCGGGUUCGCAGUUGAGCCAACUGACUCGGUCAGCGCACCACUACCUCUCAACUCCGGUCACGUCGCCCGCCUACUUACAACCCGUCCAAGUCGACUACGAGGUCACACGGCUGAGGGAGGAAUUGACUGAAUGUACGGCCCGUCUUGGCGCCGAAUGCGUGACGUUCAGAAGCUGAUUCAGAUCUCCCUCGAUCGUGUCCCACUCGGGCCCUGGGCUGCUCCGUACUCUUCUCUUCCCAUGUCCGAAUCACACACCCCAAAACCCUCCUUCGCCCGUUCUAGCGAUCUCGGAUCCGCCCUUGGGUGACCCACUCUACGCAGCGGAUGCAUCUGCGAUCCGAGCGCUCAUUCCUAUCGGAUCAUCCUCCCUCGCCGUCGUACUCGUAUGGGAGGAAGAAUCGGUUCAUCCCUUUGGCGGCGCGUUCGCCGAUCUCGGCAACGGAUCCUCGUCUGCUUUCGCCCGUUCCGAAGAUCAGGAUGAACAAGGACUAGCCGGUUGGCGAUUCCUCACUCUCGAUCGAAUCGAUCCCGAUUCGCCAAGUGCGAAACAUUGGUCCACCGAUCUUCGAACGGCAUUGGACGGUCUAGCGCGACAACUCUCGGAAGGGGUCGUCGAGGCCGCGGGAACAGGGGGGUCGAAGAAGAAAUCGGUCGGGACGGGACCGAUGACGAUCAAGACGCCCAAGGUUCCCAUCCAGAGUCGCGAAGAAAUGGCCGAAGGGGAAGGGACGACACCGGGUGCGUAUGGUGCGCCUGAAGAUUUCUGGGAGGGAUGGGAGGAAGAAGAUGAUCAUUCCGAGGGAGGAGGAGGAGAUCACCCAUCAGGCGUACCCGGUGGUUCGGUCGGUGGGGCCUACGGUACAAGACCGCUGACUCUGGAAGAGAAGGAAGCGGCUCAAGAAUCAAGCUACUGGGAGAGCUAUGGCAGCGACGCCUCGGGGAGCGUGAUAGGAGACGACGAUGAUGCGCACGACCGCACUCGAACAAAUACCCAUCACCAAGAGUCGGACGCACAACUCUUGCCGAUGGACGCCGACGAUCCGGACUUUGCUUCCCUCUCGAGACGAGCCAGUGCUGUUGCACCAGGUUCUCCCUUCACCCGUUCACGACGAUCAUCAACCAUUCGAGGCGCGGACGCCCCGGUCGUUAUGGACGCUCUCAGACUCGCAGGAGCAAUACGGCCCAGUCCAUCCCGCACGCCGUCCAAUAUCACUUCGAGCAGUGAUGGCAUCUCCACCACAAAUGGGACCCCUCUUGCUCAAUGCCCUGAUCCCGAAGAGGAAAAGACAAUCCCAACGCUUCCUACCUCCUCACUCGUCGGCGCCGACUCGUCGCCCGACGUCGACGCCCUUAGAUUCGCACUCGCCGGGGUCUGGCAACUUUUCAGCAAAGGUAGUACCCCGGCAGAGCGGGACCUACAACGCGACACGUUCCUCCGCAUUUCAAACAUGGUUACCAAGAGCUAG